CGCAUUCCCUCUCUUUAUUGUACUAUCUGAAUGAUGCUGAUAAAUGUAGAUGGUUGCCGGAAACCGCUAUCAACUGAAGCUCCGGACCGAAGCGCGCGAGGGUGCUCAGCCGACCCGCGAGGAGUGGAUCGAGGACGAGUCGUGUCGCCGGACGUACUACGCCGUUUACAUUUUCUUCGGCAUGCUCACGCUGACUUUCAACCACACCCCAGCGAUGAGCUUCGACGAGUUUGACAACUUGGAGCUGCCUUCCUCGGAAUCCAUGUGGAAUCUGGAUGUGACGGACGAUGAGGCAUGGCGUCGCAGCUUGGCGUCCUCCACGCCGCUUACUGUUCGUGAAGCGCACGACUGCCUUUUCCAGGGCGAGCAGACGCGCUACAGUGCUUUCGCCACUCGCGUGCUGAUCAAUGCGCUCUUCCUGCAAGUUUGGAACCACAAGAGGAGCUUCGAGGCCCUCCAGGACGUGGUGACCGAAUACAAGCUCCGCUUGGCGCUGGAGACGUGGGAGAGUUCGCUUGAAGUGUGCGAGCCGGAAACGAUCGUGGUGCCUCUCAGCACCCCUCAAAAGGGCCACCCCUUGAUUUUCAACUCGAUGGCCGUCUACCGCAACACCCGCGCUCGCCUGGAAGUUGACCUCAAGUCCAUCCAGGAGGCUCUGCGCUACCACUCAUCUUACGAGGUCGCUGCUGCGAUGACGGUCGCUCGCGAGAAGGUCAAGCGGUCUCAGGAGAUGAACAAGGUGAUCCAGUCGUGCUUUGAGUGCAUUGAGAUCGCCGCUGUUCAGGGCAUCAACUGGGUCGCCAAGACAUCUGCAACCAAUUGGAGCGUCGAGCAUCCUCUCUGCGGCUUGGAUUUGAUGGUCAUCCUCAGCCUCUGGCUCUAUCGCCUGGAACAUGACGAAGAGCCCGCAUCGGAGGCUGAGAUGGCCAUCUACAAUAAGGUGCGGAAUCUGUUUGAUGAUGACGCCGUCGAUGCUUUUGGAAAACUCAGCUCCACCGUGGCCCGUGUAUGGGGUAACAUCCUAGACGGCGUGGUAGUUUGGGGGUAAGUUGUCUUCUGCUAUGCUUAUGCUGUGAUAUGGUGUGCUAACUUGAAACAGAAUUACGAAGCUCAUGGGCGAGUCAUUCAAACUUCAUUCCCAGGCCUUGGUCGGCUACGAAGAUUCGUUGCGCGUUGCCAAGGACCAACCUA